CUAAUUAGUUUGCCAGUGGGAACCUUUGAGACUUAAGCACAGGAGACAUAAUCCUCCCUACAAGGAUGACCUGUAAGGUGAAAUGCGAUGUGAUGCAGCAGAGGAUGCUGCUGUAUUAAAAAUACUCAGGCUGGAGUAGUGCCUGGAGAAUAGAGAGGAGAAAGAUCAUGAAAGCAGUCAUUUGAAAAAGGGGGGAGCAUGAUUCAUGUUCAAUCAGAUCCAGCCCGAUUUGUAUAGGAUUUUUCUGCAAUAAGCAGGAGAAAAGCUUCUGUUCCGUUGUCGCUGGCAGCAUCCAGGCUGGUUACAGCAGCGUGGGCAUGAAGAGCAGAUGAGGGCAUGUGAGUGUCGGCACUGUUUAAGCUGUGAAAGGAUUAUCUAUACUCCAUGCAGUGCAUUACCCGCAGCCUGCCUUGUUUCCUGUGGUCACCAACUCCGAAACCAGUCAGUGAUUGGCUUCUUAAGAUGGGUGUUAAGAUCUUGACUAUGCUUGCAACAGGGUCUAGCAUCCAGCGUGUUUUUAUAGCGAGUACCGUUAAGCCUACCUGAGAUCUGAUUGCCACAUGAAAACAUUAGUUUUUCAUCUGAGGACGGUAUUUUGGUUUUGCCAGCUCCCACACCCUGUGUUUGCACCACCGGGAGGUCCUGUCUCAGCAUCCCUCGCUACCAGCUGCUCAGUGGAAAGGAAUCCUGCAUCCCUCCAGGAUCCAAAAGCACCUGGACACCAGUUAUAUAUUUUUUUUUGUUUUUUUUUUUUUUUUGUUUGUUUGUUUGUUUUGUUUCAAACCUCUUGCUUUGAGGAGAUCCCUGCCUCUCUGCAGCAGCCGGAGCGCCCGCAUCUCUCUGCUCUGGCUUUGUUCUGGGGCUGCCGGAGCGGGGCUGGGGCUGCCCCUCGGGCUGAGGGAAAAAAAAAGGGGGUGUUCUGCUCCGGGCACCUCUGUCAGCUGAAGGGGGCGGGAGCUGCAGCCUUGGAGAAGAAAAAGAAGGCGCUGGGAGAGGGACAGCCGGACGGGGGGGGAGCGGCGGGAGGAGGUGCGAGAAGAUGCUGCGGGGCAGCGAUGCUUCGUCUGAACCCCCUUCUGCCUGAGGAGAAGGACAUCAUCCUCCGAGGGGAAGGAGGAAAGUGGGGAGAAGACGCUCGCACAGAGCCUGCUGAGCUCUCCCAGGGGCUGCCUGGGGCUUCCCUGGCAGCCGAGCAAAGUUUCCCGAGCUCGGUGAAGAGAGGGAAGGAGGCACAUGAGAUCCAUCUCCUCCUAGUGCACAGCUGGGCUUCCAGCCCCGGCCCUGCUGGGACGAGCAUGGCUUUGUCAUCCCCGACUGAAGGGUGAAGGGGAGACCUGAGGCACCGGCUCUCUCCAUCGCCCUUCCAGCUCCACGCUCCAUCCCAGGAUUUCAAAGAAGCAGGAGACCAGAGCUAGCCUUCUCAACAGAGUCUACAAUCCGUGACAACUGAAGCAACCUCUGAGAUUCAUCUCAACAUGUUCAGUGAAAAGAGCAGUGCUUCUUUGUCCCAGAAACCCAUGCAGAAAAAGACACGACCUCAGGGCCUCCCCUCCCCUGCUCUCUGCUGUGCUUGUGGACUUUGCAUCAUGCUAGCAGGGAUCAACAUCACUUUAGUGGGAGCUUUUGCCUUCGGGACUUUCCUCCCUGUGAACAACCCUCCCAUCAUCAUCGGACCUAUCUUGCUGGUGGUGGCCUUCACGUUCUUUGGUGCCUGCUGCAUCUGCAGCCGGAGGCCUCCAGCUCACGGGGCCAGGAAAUCUAAACCAGGUUCCAACAUUGGGCUCAUCAAACCUGGCAACACAGCCUUUGAGAUUGAAACUAGUGAGCACACGGUGCAGGAUACCACUGCUGUUCAGCUGAGCCCCACAAAUUCUCCCAUCUCCUCCAAAAAGUCCACACCAGUCCAUGAGAAUACGAAGACUUGCAAGCUCUUCACCAUGGAAGGUAAUGGGCCAGUGGCCAAGUAUACUCCAGGAGGAGAGGCAAUACAGCUCAACUUGCCCAGGGACCUCACUGCAUCCUAAACCCAGGCAGAGCUUUUGUUAGCAGCCAGCCAGACGCUGCAAUGGAUGGGCUGGAAAUCCGUGAUGUACAAUCAGGCAUGGGGAAGGUGCUUGUGAAAAGCCAGCAGACAGACAGGUCUUUCUGAACCAAUUUAAGGGAUGUGGAUGCAACAGCAGAAUAAUUCUGGAUUUUUACUGAAAGGAACAUGGCCAUUACGUAGCUUUAAAAAGAAAAUUGAUAAUGAUGUUGCUGUGAAAGGAUGACUGUCGGUUCUUGGGAAUAGACUGGCUUUUUUUGAGGAGCAGAUAGGGAGAGGGGAAUGAAUUAAUUUGUGUAACAUAACGUGGAAAUAUGAUGACUGGAAGGAGUGGCUACAUGAGGCUGACAAAUGACAGGUCUUUCUUCUCGGAAGUGAAGCAAUUUUUGAAAGUGCAAGAAGCCAGGAUGCAGUAAAUUAUAGCUUGCUGCCACUCAGCCACAAGUUUUCAGCGUUUUUAGUGCCAGGGUUUUUGGCAGUAGAGACAAAGCUUUGUGUCUGCUAUUGAAAAAGCAGUGUGGAACAAUCUCCCUUCCACUGAAAAUCCUUGCCCUGACUUGCCUUCGUUUGGGUGACUUUACCACCCACUCUAAGAGACAGCGAAUCACAAGGAUCACAGCUAGCACUGGUAUUUUCCUCUUGUUUUAAUCAGUUUGGGCUGCAGCUAAGCCACGAUAUGGUGCGUAACUUUGAAGAUCAGCCAUGCUGAAUCCUUGAGGACAAGCUCUUGGAGUAACCAAGAGUUUGACAGGAGCCUGCAAAUGAAAUCCUUGGGCGAUGAUUAUCUACUGAGUGCCAGGCAGCUUCUUUUCCAUCUUUUUGUGGAAGGCUCGCCUGGGACACACAUUAGGUAGGGGCAGAGAGUGAAUAACUCUAUGGAAUUCAGUACAACUGUGCUUGAAGAUGGUGACUAUCUCUCUUUCCCUCAAGUGGCUACAAGAUCCAUUACACAGGGUGGGCAGUCAGGAGAGGAUCUCUUUGCUGCAGGAAACCAGCUGUUCAAUGUGCUUAUGGGCUUGCAAAGUAGUGGGAUCAGUUUGCAGAAGAGAAUUCAUCUAGAACUGUUCAAUGCAAAGACACCACCUCUGCCUUGGAAAGACCCUAAUCUGUUGGAUUAAUGCUGCAAAGGCUUUGUUUCCUCCCUGGGUAACCUUUGUUGGGAAGACAGUGCUGUGCUAAUGCUGUGCUUUGCUCUAACCCCUGUAGGGGAUGUUCAUGUGUUUUAUGAGAUGGGACCAGCGUGUGGAAGGAUAGCUGUGCUAGGCAGGACUGGUAUGUGGGGAAGCAGUAGCAGGAGAGUGGAUUUUGAGUAGGAACAGCUACAUACAUUCUCUGUUUAUGGAAAUCCUAUAUGUGAAAUGGGGCUCUUGAGACUUUGAGUGACUAGGAAGUCAUAUGGACACAAGAAUGACCAUACCAGAUCAUUCUAAAUGCCUGGCUAGACCAGCAACCCAUUUCUGACAAGUCCAAGAACAAGGUCUGGAGAAGAGCAUAAAGACAGGGCAAAACCAGGGCAUUACUUGCCCAAAAUGCUCCGCCAACCCCCCAUGCACUGAUGCUUAGCGUCUUCCUGAGCCAGAAGUGGUGCCUGUAUGUAGUAGCCCCAAAUUAAUUUCUUCAUGAAAUAAUCCAUUUGCGCCUUGAAUGUCUGUCAACUUUCAUCAUUUGUGAUCCUGCAGCAGAGAGUUGCACAGUUUCACGAGAGGCUGUAAAGUUCUCUAUCCUUGGCUUAUUUUCAUUCUGCACCCUACUAAUUCCCUUUGAUGUCCCAAGCCAGCAAACAGUCCAUGCCCCCGACACCACUCAGGUUUUCCGGGGCCUUUGUCACGUUUCUUUCAGUCAUUUCUGUCUACAAGAGAAGCGAAGUACUAUAGGAAAGAGAUGGCUCAAGGAAACAUGACAGGCUGAAGGGGAAACACUGGAAAAGAGGGAGCUGUGACAUGGCCAAGGCUCCCUGGGACAACAACAGACCUCUGCACAGCCAGGCUGUGAGGACCAUAUGGCUGAUGUGCUGGGUUAAGUGAUGGCACGUGGAGUCGUGGGAGAACUGGGGAGAAGAACCACAGUGCUGCACAAGAUGUCCUGGUUGCUUUUGGGAAGCCACUGUGCAGCUGAUAGCCCUUUUAUGAGCUCAAGAAGGAUGAGGUUGAAUUUCAUUCCUUGAUGGAACCAAACACUAUAUCUUCACGUGGGUUCUUCUUGAGUCCUCCAACAGUCUGAUGCCUCAAACAGUUCCUCCUAUAUCAAGGAAUUACAUCAGUGCGAUUUUAGCAGGUCUGGUCUGCUGGAUAGGGUGGACAGAAGCAAGCUCAGGAGAAAGAUGUUUGUUUUGGCUUGGUAAGAUACGGGAUCAAGUCUUUGGUUCAGCCUCUGGGUCCUGGGCAAAGAAUUUAAUUAUACUACUGCUCAGCUUCCUGCCUGUGCAGGAGGGAAAAUACCUACUCCCAACUCCACUUAAAGCUGCUUUAAAGAUGAACACAUUGCCAAGCAACAGGAUUGGUAUUAGCACACCUGAGCCUGGAGACUGCUUGAAGGGGGAUAAGUCUGUAUGAUUUGAUCUCUGCGUGAUCUCCUUCAGAGCUCGUUUUCAUGGGUGAGUUUUGUCUCUAGCACUGGCUGCCCUUUGGCACGUAGGGACUGCUGUGCUGAACAAAAGCUCCCAUGAUUUUUGCCUGCUGUUGAUUGCUGUAGCAAUUAAACAGGCUAGCUUGCUGAUGUAGGUUUGAGUCUGAAGCUGCUGGCUCGCCAGCCUUUUGGAAUAGCACACAACAGGCUGGAAGUCCAUUAGUGGCAUUGCCCACGUGAAUAUGGUUACUGCAGCACUUUUCUUUGAGCACUUGGAGCCAAAAAAAGUAAUAAAAUCAAGUGAUAAUCAUACAACUCCUUCCUUUACUCACUAAAGGCUUGAAAAGACUGAAUUGUGUGUACUGGAAUCAAUCGUUAUCGCAGCUGCACUGCAAACUGCUACCAGUUACGGUUAAUACAGCAGCAGAUCCCAUAGAAGUCGAAGGCAAAGGCCCCUUGGGCAGGAACAGGGGCAGAAGCAGGACUUUGAGGGCCAUCUAAGAGUUGAGUGUGGUUCACACUUGCAUUGUGGUAUCACAGGCAGUACCAUAUCGGGAACCCUGGCACAGCCCCAGGACCUGGCUCGUCCUGUGCUGUACACGCAGGUCACCAUAAAGCUGAUGUUGCUCUAGGAGUUGAUGACCUUGGCACCCAAGAGACAACAACCAACAGAGAUGGCUCCUGGGCAAAGAGACUUGGAGAACCAGUGAGAUGCUGAUCCCUUGGUGUAGAGGGUCUGUACUCCAGGCUGUGACCCCAGCUGCCUGCCUGCACAGCAAGGUGGGCAUGGGAACAUCUGCUGCUUUCUGAAGCAUGAAUGCCCUGCUCUUGCCUUUUUCCGUCUUUUGGGAUUUCCAUGUCUGUGUGUCUGUCUGCCUCUGUGAUUGGCCGUGACUAAUGUUGUGAAUCUUGUGCCUCCUUGCGUAGCAGCAGACAGGGAGAGUUUCUUCUUCUCCGAGUCAGCAUUUCUGGUGUGGGUCUUUUUUUAAAUUAC